AUGACGACUCGUGUACCAGCUCGAUUUCGAGCACGUUCAGUCCGUCCUCGCGCUCUUCCGUUGCGCAUUCGACCAUUCGCAUAUUCCUCUCCCAAUAGCUUUACUCGAACGCCCCGUUUAACGCACGCACCAUUCCAGCUCCAAAACUUCCUAGAAUCAGAGAUACAACGCGGCCAGCGAUUUUUUGGUACCUCAACCCCCCGAAAUGCGAAUACCAAGAUCGUUAAUGUCCCUCAAAUGGCCGAAUCUAUAUCCGAGGGCGUCCUUGCCUCUUACACCAAGCAAGUGGGCGACUAUGUCGAGUUGGAUGAAGAACUAGCUUCAAUCGAGACAGACAAAAUUGAUGUCGCCGUGAAUGCGCCUGAUAUUGGAACAGUAACCAAGUUGUUGGUUGGUGGAGGAGAUACGGUUACAGUCGGGCAAGCCCUCAUCGAGAUCGAUGUGGAUGCGCGCGAGAAACCAGCUUCAUCUGUGGCGUAUUCAAAACCGCAGGAGGUCCAGUCUCCAGCGGAACAAAAGCAAGAGAAGAUAGAAGAGGCAUCUGUACCACCGAAACAGCAACAACCAGUGGCUCCAGUAGUGUCUUCGUCAUCGUCCCAGGAAGCAUCAAUGUCUGCAUACAGUGGCAGCCGCGCUGAGAAAAAGGUCAAAAUGACACGAAUGCGCAUGCGCACAGCUGAACGUCUGAAAGAAUCGCAAAAUACAACCGCAUUCCUGACGACCUUCAACGAAGUCAAUAUGUCUCAGGCUAUAUCCAUGCGGAAACAAUACAACGAUGAGGUUUUCGACAAGCAAAAUGUGAAAGUAGGAUUCAUGGGUCCGGUGGCUCGCGCCUCUUCUCUGGCUUUAAACCAGAUUCCGGCUGUGAACGCUGCAAUCGAGAACGACGAUACGAUAGUAUUUCGCGAUUAUGUCGACCUGAGUGUAGCAGUCGCCACACCUAAGGGCCUUGUGACGCCUGUGCUCCGGAAUAUCGAAAGUAGGAAUCAUGUUGGUAUUGAACAAGGGAUAGCGGAACUGGGAAAGAAGGUACACAUAUACUCGUGUACUUUCUUUGAUGCAGACAAUUCAACAACUCAUUUCCUUCUCAGGCUAUCAUUUUAACACUCCUAUAACCCUUCUAUAGCCAUCCU